CCAGUUAGCUAUCAUGUCCACAGAUCCAUUUACAAUUUUCUCCAAGACUGUUCCCAUCGCUGUGAUGUGUGUCGUUUUCUACAGCGGCUGUUUUGACAGCAUCGAUGCGGCCCAGGGUUCUGGCGAGCCUGUCUACAGAACAUAUGUAAAGUACCUGAACUUGAUCCUCAGCUCAGUUGAAAUUGAUUUUGACGACAAUGCCACGCUAGUUGCUGGCACCAUGUCCAUGGCCAAGAGCAGCGAUCGCUCAGAGGCAACAGCAGUCGUAGAUAUGCGUACAAAGCGAAGCGCCAAGGUCACGGUACAAAAUAUGACGUUUAAACUGGAGCAAAGGGCUACACAGCUCGGCUGGAAGUUCAAGGACGCGAGCGGUACUGACUACAAAUGGAACACGCCAAUCAAAGGCAAUCGGUGGGAGCUGCGAGAUGGCAAUGGGUCUGUUGUUGCGACACUCAAUAUCAGGAAGUUCCAUCCUGAAAAGCUGGAGAUUAGGCCUACCAUGGACAAGCAGCUCCGCACCCUUGUUUUAACUUCGCUGAUCUCUUGUAUUGUCACUGUCGCCAGUCAGGAACCCAACUACACCAAUGUGGCAUACGAGCUGCUAAGGGGUUAUUGAUUGCUGCUUAGAGUAUCCAGCGGUAGGCCAUUUGAAGGCAAUUGUGCUACUCGGUAUGCGUUUGCACUUUAUCUGUCAGUAAUAUGGUGUCGCAUGUUCUUGUUUAGCGUCUUGGUUAUUGUAGCGCUAUUGUCAGCUCACCUUGCUCGCGCCCCAGAAAAACAGAAUGCUGAG